AUGGUAGAAUUUCACCCUUCCAAGGUGAAGGCCGGGGUUCGAUUCCCCGAGGACGCAAUUCAUUUCUUUUGUAUGUUGUCAUUCGGAGUUGAAACGGAUGAACUUCGUGACCCUCACGAACUUCAUGAGGCAGACGAACUUCACGACUUGUAUGAAGUUCAUGUUCCUCAUGAAGUUCAAACAAAUGAAUUAUAA